CGCGCUGUCAUAGCAGUACGCGUCUGUCUGUCUCUACGCCUCUGCCCACACUAAUGCCACAGCUCUCCAUACUUCACUUAUUUGAACAUAUGAAUAAUUAAGUCGCUUUUGGAGGACUUUUUCUGUCAGAGUUAAACAGAGUGGAGAUGUUUCUUUAAACGGAGCUCGUUGGUCGUGAGGUGUUGUAGAGGAUUAUCAUUUCCUAACAGAAGAUUUGACAGUUAACCGCCUGGCUGGUGGUUGGCGUGGUGUUUUUGUUGAACUGCGACAGUCCUCACAGCAUCACGAGCUUCCCUUUCUGUCAUCAUCUGCCGCUCUUUUCAGUAGCAUUACUUAUUCUCUGCUCUAAAAUACAAGGAUGGAAAACAAAGCACUCGCUAAAGCCAUGUCCCGUAGGAGUUCUCGCCUGGUCUCUGGCGGCUACUAUAAUUCAGAUGAAGAGUCUGAUUCCAGCAGUGUGACAAACAUUUCCUACAGGGAAAACCCUGUAAAGGUUUUCAAGAAAAAGGCGGGGAACCGCAAGAGUGGUUCUCGCACCCCCACGAAAGCCAAAAGCAAUGCUAGAUCUUCUAGCCCCGAGCCACUCGACACAGCAGACCAGUAUGAUGGUCUGAGUCCUUCUCCCUCGACCACCCAGACUCAGACGACCAUGCGGACUGUACCCUUUGUUUCUGCCACCCCUCGGCCCGCUCUGACCCCGACGUCAACUAGAAGUCAGACACCUACAUGCUGUCCCUCAGCACCUUCGGAGACAAGCUCCUACACCCCUGGGCUCUAUGGUUCCAGUAGACCGGGAUUACACCUCAGACCAAACCUCAAGGACCUGAACCAGAGCAGUGUGGACAGCUCAGGGUACUCAUCCUCUGAGGGGACUCACAGGAAGCCCACAGCCGUCACCAGCGGCCCCAGCAGGAGCCACAGUAUUAGUCAGGAUGCCAUUGCUGGGUACAGAAGGAGAAUCAGCAGUGCCUUCUUUAGUAUGAUGGGCUCAUUGUCACUGAUGGCUGCUGCAGUUCACUCUAAAAUAUUACAUCUGACAGCUUUAGCUAAAAGGUCAUUCAGCUGUAACAUGAAGAAGGCUUGUGGUCUGGUCCUCCUCCUCCUCCUCCUCCUCGCUCUCCUACUAUGUAUUUGGCUCCUCCUUCCCAUGUUGAUCUCCCGCAUGUCUGUCACAAAGACCCCGUCACAAAUCAAACCUCAACCUGUUGUCCCUGCACCUCUUCCACCUCUGUCUCAACCUAAGACUGUGUAUCCUACACCUGUGGUGGAUCCAGCCAUUGUGUCUGCUGCCGUGGAAGCAAAGAUGCAGGGUCUUAUGGAAGAGCUGCAGCGAACACAGAAGGAACUACAGCUGAAGCAGGAACACCUUCUUUCCCAGUUGAAGGAGAGACUUCAGCUAGAUAUUCAGGACAUGAAAGCAAAUCUGGAUUCUGUGGACUUGAACAGUCGUCUGCGUCUGGAGCAGGAGGUCACUGGGUUGGGCAAGAAGAUGGUGGAUUACCAAACAGACACCAGCAACACUGCUGCCAGUCUCAGCCUCAAGAUCCAGGCUUUAGAGGCCCAGAAUGCCAAGCUGUCCCAGGAGUUGUCUUCCAUUCAGCUGAUACCUCCUCCCGCCCCUUGUCCCGAGACAAGCUCCGUCCCUGUCCAAAACCAGCUUACCCCAGAGCUCAAACAGGCCAUGGAGACGUGGCUCACUGACCGCAUCAAGGAGCAGGAUGCUUUGAGGUUCAGAGACAAAGGAUGCACCUCAGACUGUGGACGUCCCAUGGCAGAUAGAAUGGCUGACUUUGCUCUAGAGACUCAAGGUGCCAGUGUGAUCAGCACCAGGUGUUCAGAGACGUAUCGUAUCCGUUCAGCCUGUGUGACUCUUUUUGGAAUCCCUCUGUGGUACCCGUCUGAAAGCCCCCGUACUGUUAUUCAGGGCUACCCCGUCCUGCUCCCUGGGAAAUGCUGGGCGUUUCACGGCGUCCAGGGGACUCUAGUGAUCUCGCUGUCUCAUCCCAUCAGGAUAACUCAUGUCACGCUGGACCACCUGCCACGCUACAACUCCCCCACUGGCAACAUUGACUCUGCACCCAAAGACUUUGAAGUCUAUGGAAUGAAAAACGACACAGAAGAAGGAACUCUGCUGGGGACAUUCACCUACGAUGAACAUGGGGAAUCAACACAGACGUUUAAGCUGCCGAGCCCCAGUGACGAUGUGUAUCGAUACGUGGAGCUGCGCGUCCUCAGCAACUGGGGUCAUGUCGAGUACACGUGUCUGUACCGAUUCAGAGUUCAUGGACAGAUCGUCUCAUCAUGAGAAACCAGAUCCACUGACGACUCAUUCAGACGUAUCAGAGGGUACUCCUGCAAUGCACACUAUAUAGAUGAAAUAAAAAUAUAUUUGGUGAUGUUUUGAGGCCAAAUACUACUGAAAAUAAUGUUAAGUGUACUGCCACUUUGUGUCUGCAGGUUUUGCUGUGAUUAAAGAGGCAGAAACCAUAGAAGUUAAUUUUACUGAAAUAAGUGUAAAUGUUUUGCUGAUAACCAAAAAUUGACCAUUUUGAGCAUGAAGUUCUGGAAACUUUAUGUUUUGAUGAUUUAAGAGUGCCACAGAGUGAGUUUAUCCCUUUAUUGUUAAUGAAUGUUACUGCUGUUUAUCAGGUGUUUCUUUGUUGAAGUGGAGCUGAGAGAGAGGAAAGUAUCUCAGAAAAAAUAAGAAAUAACAAGGUUAGAAUAGAAAAAUAAAAUAAGGCAAUUAUAUGGUAAACUUAAAAAAAAAAAAAACUUUAAAUUACAAGAAUUAAGUAGGAAAUUCUGAGAUUCUUAAGACAAAAAUUGUUAGGAAAUAAUUUUCAAAUUAAAAUCUAAAAUUAACAAGAAAAAAAAAUGUAAGCACCACUUCCUCUUCAUGUUCCUGUCAUCUCACAUGGUUGAUAAAGGCCACGUCUGACAGGACAGUCCUCCUGGAUGAUGCUGAUGUUCAACUGAUGGGAUGAACUUUACAACGAACAAUACGUAGAAAUCAUGAAGAGGGCAGCACUGAAUGUAUUAAAAUCAUUUCAUCAUUUUUGUUUGUUCAGUUACAUUUAAUAAUGAGAAGUUUAAACUCAGCUUUUAUAACACACUGCAAAAACUUGAAUCAAGCAAGUAUUUUUCUUCAAUCUUUGGUCCAAAAUAUCAAACAAAUUUACUCGACAAGUCCAGAUAGAGAUCUUAUUUCAAGUUGUCAAAAUAACAAAAAUAAUGUCUGAAUUUCACUUGUUAGGUGUCUUAUCACAAGAUGCUUUGAAUCAGAUAGAACAUCUUGUUUUAAGACACCUAACAAGUAAAAUUUUUUCCCCCAUUGGCAGAAACAAGCUGUUCUCAGAUUUUCCCCUCAUGAUGUCAUGUGGGGAGUUAGCACCGCCCCCAGGUUGGAAGAAAUUUCUGCCCUCCUCUCCUGAUGGGC